AUGCAUCCUGACCCUGGGGAGAAGAAGGCGGAUCCUGAGCAGUUCCUGAAGCCGCCUGACGUAACUGUCAUUUGCAAGAACCUUAGUCCCUGUGAGACCACCGAAGCAGAUACGAGGAAAAGAUCCCACGGAAGUCCCAGCCUCAGGAAAAGCCCCCUCGGACUUAGUCCCAAGAGGCUGUCUCCCUGGAGAAGCAGUCCCAGGAAAGACCACGCGUGGAGUUCCUUUAACUUGUCCCCGAGAUUGCUCAUCACCACUCCUCAAGCCAAGCGGAGCUCUUGGUGUCGUUCGAGCCUGAAGGGGACCAAACGCAAAAAAUCCCUGCCUCCCGUUCACCAGGAUGUCACCGAAUUAAGCAAAUCCAUUAGCCUGGAUCUGCCAGAGACAGACCGGCUUUCGAUGCUGCUCUUGUCCAGCUUCCAGUUUUCUGCGCAGAAGCUCGAACACCUCUUGAAGCAAACGGACGGCUUUAGCCCCGAGGCUUUCAAAGCUAACGCGAGCUCGCUCUCGGAAGACCUGAAGCAUUACAUGCAGAAGCUCAAACGAGACGGAACGCUAACGAGCUGCGUAGAAGACCCUAAAGGGAUUUCACUGGACUCGGCGUUGGAUGAGUCGGUGGCCCAAAUUAAGGAAUACAUGGCCAGGUUCACUGCCGAAUGUCAGGCCUGGGAUCAGCUCCUGCUGCGCUACCGGGAAAGCGCUGAAGAAAUAUCCAGGUGUGGAAUGGUGGAGCCCCGAGAGUUGCGGUGAACGGAGUCGGAUCCAGUUGGGGGCCGGGCACAAGCGGUGGCCCCCAGGGCUCAGUUCUGGACCCAGUUCUGUUGAAUGUCUUUAUCCACGAUCCGGAUGGGGGCAUCGAGGGUGCCCUCAGCCACUUUGGAG